CUUAAAUCUGAAAAUUUUACGUUUUCUUGUUUAUUUAUUGUAAAUAAAAAUAAUUAAAAUUGUAUAGACAUGUACUAAAACGAUUCUAACUCUUCCUAUUUUCGUGUUACAAUUAAAACGAACUCGAAGUAUAUUACCCCGAUAGUUUUCUUUUUAAAUUCUUAUAUUGCAAAGAAAAUAUUUAACAAACCGAUAAAUUUGCAUCAAAUUCGCAUAUAAUUUUAAAUUUCUUUUUUCAUUUAAUAGCAACAUAUUUUUAUAAUGAUAAUAGUGAUAGUAUACAUAAUGAUCUUACACUAUCGUGGGACAGGAUUAAUGUUAUCAGUAAAUGAUGGUCGUAUUUCUAAAACAUCAAACAUUGACACAAAUAGAGAUUUUGAUAAGUUAGAUACGAGUUUGUUCGAAGCGUAUCCCGUUAUUGUCCCCCAAGACCGGAUAUUGCAAAUAUGCUUAAAAGACAGUUCAUUACUAGAUAAAUUGCAUUCUAAUAAAAAUGAUUGCGAUGACUAUCCUUGUAUGUUUUCAAAAUUAAUUCAAGACGAAUCAAUGAAUUCUGUUGUAUCUAUUGUACGAAACGAAACAACCGAUCGCAUUGAUCGAGAUUUUGAACAAAGCAUACAGGAUUGUAUAGUUUGGUGGAAAUUGUUUAAACACUUUGAUAAAAAUUCAAAUCCUCGUCGUGAAUUGGGUAAAUGUUUAUUUCAAACAUUCUCAUCUAAGUGCAGAGAAGACGUUUUAAAUACAAUAAAAUUACUUUUACUU